ACACGCAUUCGUUGACUCGGCCGGAGAGAAGAGCAAGAUGUCUGCCCUGGACGUGGAUGAUUUUAUUCAACAGAACCGAGCUCUGGCCGAACAAGUGGAAACGUUUCGAGGUUACUGGGAGAGUGACAAGCAGUGGGAGGCCAGGAGGGAGUUCAUCCUGCGGAACAUGAAGGACUACGAGCAGCGGGAUCAGCUGCUCUCUCUGUCCAUGGUCUGGGCCAACAACGUCUUCCUCGGCUGUCGUUAUAGCACAGAGCUUCUGGACAAAGUGAAGGAAAUGGCUGAAGGUAUCGUGGUGGAAGACGCACCAGUCUUCAAGACAAGAGACGAAAUUAUGAAGAAGCAACAGGGUCGAUGACCGGCUCACCUGUAUCGUCUCUUCUGGUUGUAUCGGAUCAAAACUGACGGGACUUAGCUGAUACGUACACACAGGCUGUGCUUGUUACAUCGGACCACAUUUCUGUGGUUUUCUUACCGUCCUACAUUGUUUAUGAUGGACGUUAUGAGUGUGAACACCAAUAAUGUUUUUUUUUUUUUAAUGUAAUGCAGAAAGAUGUUUUUUUUUUAGCAUUUUACUUAUAUAGAGGCAGUUUACAGAUGUUUUGACUUUGAGCUUCACUGCCCGUCAAUCUCUACAUUGUUGUUUUUCCUUUUUAUAAGUGUAUUAAUUGUUUUCAGUGUUUUUAUAAAAGUUCAGAUGCAAUAUGACACUGGAUCCCAUCCUCAUGUCCCUGUCUGGAGCACAAUAAAAGACUUGCGUUUUCUUUA